CUCUAAUAUUCAUCUUGUCCCUUUCGAACUUCCCCUCCCCGGUUCGUCACCCGUUUGGAGACUGGUAUGUUAUCAUUCCCCUGUCCUGUUACCUUCAAGAGCUCUAUUUUGCCCUCCCCCAGUCCCGUCACAAGUCUAGUCUGCUUUUCUCUCCCAUCUCUCGGACUGUAAAACAAUCACAAAACCUCACUCUCGCCGCUUUCCUCACAACCUGCAGGCCUCCUCGCGCUUCGCAAUCUUCUUUCCUCACGGCGCUUCCAUCGCAUUUAUUUUAGUAGCUCUUCUCAGUGCACAAGUACUGCUCGGAUCUCCCUCAUUCCGGCGCGGGAUCCCAGACGUUUCCGCUCUUUCUUACGUCGCUCUUCUUCUCCAUCCAAUUUCUUUUUGCGAGAACUCAAAAGUCUCCUUCCUCUUACCACAGAUUCCAUGUGUCCAUUCUCUACAUCAUUGCCUACGGGUGAUGGACCCAAUCGCUACUCGCCCUCCGCUGUAAAGGACUGGAACCCACGGAGGAAGUCUGUCUCUAAUGCAUGCGAACGCUGUCGUAGGCGGAAGAUACGUUGUGAUGGCGACACACCCUGUGCGACUUGUAAUCGCUUCUCAUUACCAUGUGUACGGUCACAGAAAACGAAAGAAGUAGUAGCAUCUGAACAUCAAGCGGCUCUAGAGAGUCGAAUACACCAGCUAGAAUCACAAUUAGCUGCCCAUGUCAGUGCACCCAUGCACGGCAUGGAGACAAUCGACGAGUCCAUCAUUUCUGCGGCUCCCUUCGAUUGGCAGAGUCCACCGCCCCAAUUGACUGUGAAUACACAAAUGCCGGCUCCAUACGCUCCAGGACAGAACAUGGAUCUUAGCGGCAGUUUCUCAGCUGGUAGCCUCCCUUCUAUCAGUUUGACUGAAUGUGAGCCUUUCCCCAAUGUGGCCUCGCCGUGUGAUUCACCAGUACCUUCAUUAUAUUCAGGUACCACAUCGUCCGCGAUGUCUCAGACUUUCUCUCCGCCCCCCAUUCCACACACGGCACCGUCAUGGGAGUUCAUGGCCCAGCACGGCCUGAAACCACAACUCACCACAAGCGGCGAUCCCUCCCGCCGCACAUCUAUCUCAUCCACGUCCCGAGAUAGUGACGACCCUGCCGUCUCUCCCUACCCAGACGUUGAAAGCGAUCUCGAUCUACAGCCUAUUGGUCCUCCGCCAGCCCUACCGAGAGCCGGCAUCUUCGCAUCACACGGCGAGAGCACGCCACCUCACCAGUCACGGGCAACCUCCGUCUUCAGUGACAGAAGCCGAGCCAUCUCCGCGAUUCCAUUCCCGAGCCGUUUUGAAGCCGAGACAUUGACCGCAGAGUUUGUAUCUCUACUCGACUCCAUGAAGGAUCAAAAGCUGUACACCAUGACUCCUGCUUUGUUCGCCAAGCUUUGCGACACGGUAUAUCCCGAUCCGUCAAAUCGGACCUCUUCCGUGGAGACCCUUGUCUCCGUUCCCAUGGCCCGCUUCCACGUCUUUCUUUCAAUGGCAAUUGGCAUGAAGCAUCGCAUCAGAGACUCCUUGGAACGGACCAAUGCCCUACUAGAUCGAUGCUACGAACUUGCCAUGCAGCAAGCUUCUUCUUCCCUCUUUUGGCAAGAGCAAGGUGGCGUCGAAGCUGCCCAAUUGUUAUCCAUCUUUGCAUCCAUCAAAAGCACAUCAAACGCGGACCCGAAACCCCUCCAGUCUUCCUUUUCUUGGUAACAUUCAAAGCGUGAAUGUUACUACUAUUCCACUAUCAAUCUGAGAAUCGCAUCUGGGAAACGAGCAAGGUGACACUUCUCCCUUUCCCACCGGUAGCAGUAUCGAAAGAAACCACGAUUCGAGCGAGCGAUCAUCCAGUGCGUUCUCCGCAAACAAACCCCUGCGCGCGCAGGAACAUCGACGUAACACCCGUCAGACGCAUCAUUGCGUACCUUCCACCAUCCUUUCUGUCUUUUGCCCCCGUCUGUACAUUCUGCCUCCCAUUUUUUUCACCCCUUCACCCUCGUUAGAUAUCCACAUUGGCUUUUGGAUUACACUGUAUAUAACUGCGCAUCCGAAGCAUGCCUGCAUGACAGCACGCGGAACGAAAUUCUGCCACCAGCAUCAUCAUAGACAUCGAUAGCGACGUCUAUAUCAACGACCACCUCACGACAUAUAUACCAAGUACUUGCAAUAUAAAACAACUUGGAUACCUC